AUGGAUUUAUCGAUGGACAUGAAAAAUAAAUAUUUCUAUAGAAACCCACAUCCGAGGUUCCCGGCCGCGUUAUUUUUUGUUCCUCCGAAGACCACUGAUGAAGACGGGCGUACAAAUAUAUUUUGUUCAGCCAAUGUCAAAACCCAACAAAAUGGGUUAGAAUUGGGUUUUGAUUCGUGUAAUUAAUUAUCUUUAUACAUAUGUUUAUUACUAAAGUUGUACAACGAGAUGCUAAUGUGAGUGGACAGGGACAUUUGACCUGACCGUGUUGAUAUUGCUGCGGAUGUCGUUAUAUUAGCUGCGAGCUGAUGGUGGUUAUACGCUGUUGUUGAGUGGUGCAUGGUUAAACUACCGACCCGCAAAAGCUCUAUAAGACCUGCUCGUGUGUCGCGUUCACGGCAGUUAGGCAGUUCGCGGGCUGUAUUCAAAUUUUAAAUUUGGCGGUUUAAAACAGGACGUUACAAGGUAAUUAAUAUCGCAAUUUUAUUAUGAUACUAAAAUAUAGUACUGAUGUGAUACAUUUAAAUUAAAUAGUAUACUACGUUAUAUUUUUACCAUGAAAUUCAUUUACUUGCUAUCGAUAAUAUUCAUUUUUAAUAUUUGCGUUUGAAUUUUUUGUGUUGGUCACACUAUCUAAUUGGGACGCUCGAACAGUUGACACGUAUUUGGUAUGUGUACGCUUUUGUUUGUAUAAUCAUAUCUGUGUUUGUAUACUUUUUUGCAAUUCUCUUGUUUACUAUUAAAUAUUUCUCAUUCGAUACUAAAUUAUUUAUAUUACACUAAAAUGGAUAAAACACCGUGAGUAUACUGUUUAUUUAUAAUUGUGUGUACAUAGGUGACAUUAAAGUAGCUAAUCAUUUAUUUUCGAUAAUUAUUAUGACAUAUUCAUGAUUGACAAAUUAAUAUUUCAGGGGAUUAUAUACCUCGGCGAUAUAUAAAUGCACCGGAACAAAUAAUUGCCAUUACUUUAAUGUGGUUAAUAGAAUAUUUCAAGAAAGAUCAGAAAAUGUUCAGCUUCGUCAAGAAAACAACACGACAGUUGACAAGAGUGAAAAACUAGCCAAUAGGUAUAACGAAAAGGGCAUUUUGCAGUUUAAGAGGUGUAAAUAUAAACUAUCCAUAAUAUGCUUUCGAAAAGGCCUGAUGUUGGAUUUUAAAAAUGAUCUGCUACGUGCUAACAUGUGGAACAAUUUGUCUGCUGUAUACUAUUUGUUACAAAACUAUAAGUAAAAUUAUAACCCAGGUCAUAGAUAAACAUUAUUUUUAAUUUCUACAUUUAUUAACUAGAUCGAGUUUGGUAACGGCUGAGAGAGCCCUUGAAUUAAUGCCAGGAUAUGAAAUAGCAUUCUUAAGAGCUAUCAACUGUUGCAUUUACAGGAAAGAUUUUGAUAAAUCGUUAUAUUAUUGUCAUAUUUAUUUGGGAAAUUUUUCGGAGGCGAAGGUAUGAUACAUUUUUUUAUUGAUAAUUCUAUAUUAUGAGAUAUUUAUGUCGUUUAAUUUUGCAUAAUUAGAAAAUUGAGAUGGAAAAAUGUUUAAUUAUGAACAUAGAAGAUCAAAGAACGCUGAAAGAAAUAAAUAAAAGAAAAUUGCGUGUAGACGGCCAAAUAGGUAAUUUUAUAUUACAAUAUUUUUAAUGAUUUUUUUUUUAAAUGUGUCUGUUUAAAAAUUAGUUGGUGAUAAAAUCGGAGACAUAAAUAUUUUUAAUACUGAUGACCCUGAUUUAAUCCCACGAGUACGUUUAACAGAAAAUCGACGACUCCUAUGGUCAGUUCUUUUUUAUUUGCCGGAGCCUAAUGCAACUGUUAUUGUACCAAAUAUUCACGAAGAUGUUACGUGAGUAUACGUUUUUUGCAUCUGAACAUUUCUCAAGUGUUUUAUUAUUUUUUUAAUAUUAUUUUAAAAAUUAUGUAAGCAUAUUUAUUCUCUUUUUAGGUUCUUCAACCUGUUAGAAAGCAUAUUUAAUCAAAGAGCACCAUGGGGGGACGACGAAGGUAAGUACAAAGCAGACACACUGAAUGUUUAUAAUGAAAUUUCAGACAACACUACGACCAGAGUUCUAAAAAAAGUACGCCCAGAAUACACAUUGUCAAAUGUAUUGACAUCGUUCAGGUAAUCAAAUUGUUUCUUAUGUUUUAAAUAUUUCUUGUUCGUGUUCUUCUCUCUCCUCUCAAUAAGCAGCAAUUUCUGUUUCUUUAUUCUUCAAUGCAUUGUUGUCGCAAACAAAUAAGCAUUUAUAUAGACAUAGAGUUUUACUUUUUCACACUUGCUUAUUCCCAUCGAUUUGUUUGAUACACUCGAUGGAUUUAAAAUAUACGUUAUUUUUAUUUUUAUUGUUUUUAGGUGUCCGAUUAAACAUGGUUUACCAACGUUUAUAAUUGUUAUUUCCGGAGGAAAAUAUGAAAAUGAAAAUUUAGAAGAUUAUGUCGAGUAUGUUUUAGAAGUGUUUUAUCAAAAUUUCAAUUGGAUCUAUGACUCAACAUAGAUUCAAAAUGUACAAUUAUGNAAUUGAAAAUAAACAUUAAAUAUCAGUAUGAAUGAAUAAGACACACCUUUAAAUCAUUUUUUUAGUCAAUCAGAGAAUUGUAUUUUUUGUAAAUAUAUUUUCAGAGACAUGUUUAAAAUUUUAAGAGUAUUAAAUUAAAUUAUGUAAAUAUUAAAUUUAUGUACAUCUGCGUUAUCAUAUUUAUGAAUCGGGUGGUAUUGAUGUUUAAACAUUUUAUUUUUUAGGGAUUUACAUCCGACACAUUUUAUGAUAUUGUGAGUUUUGAAAACGUGGUAUUCUGUACUAAUGUAAUUGAUGUUAUCAUUAUUUUAAAUGAUGUUCUUCUUUUUUCCGUUUUUAAUAUAUAAGUGUAUUAUUUUCCAUUGUAUUUAAUUCCUGAAUGUAGUCAUUAUUGUUUAAAGAGAUAUUCUCUAGUCCGUGAAGAAUUGAUCUAAAAUAUGUAAAUUUUUUUUAGCGAGAGUGAUUAGAUUUAUAAGUUUUAAUACCAUAAGUUUCCGUAGGUUUUAUAUUAUGAUUAAAUUUAUAUUUAUUAUUGAUUAUUUGCAUGUUUAGAUCUAAAAAUUAUACCUGACCAUCGGUUUGUAAUUCAAUUGUAAAUUGUAUGUUUUUUUAAUUAUUAUGUGUUUGUAUGUAUAUUUCUGAGAUAAUGACACUUAAAAGAUUGCCCAUAAUUAAACCAUUGGUUUAUGAAUAUAUUGUUUUGGUAUAAAAUAAAAUUUUAUGUUUUUUUUAUUUAUUACUUUUGUUUUUAUUUAGUAAAUGGUAGUUAAAUUUUCUUUAAAACUUUGUAUUAUUUCUAAUUUUGGGAUAGAAGUGUAAAGGUUUUUAUUAUCCCAUGAAAUCAUUUUACAUCCCUGCGAAAUGUUAUAAUUUUUAAUACUAUUAAUCAAGUAAUAUGCGUUUUCGAUAGAACGUGUGUUUUUUUAUAUUUUAAUUUGUUUUUUAUAUAAAUAUAUGAAUAAUUUUUAAGUUUCAUAGGCGAAGAUUUGUAGCCUAAAAGUGGAGUUUUAAAAUUUACCAAUAGUCUUAUUGAAUGAUAUUUUUUUGAGCAAAUUAACAAAUGGGUGUAAUUAUAGAGAUCGUAUGUUGCUAUCGUUGUUUAAUAAUGUUUUAUCUUCUGGUGUUAAUAUUCCAUAGAAUUUCCAAUAGUAUUACUUAUCAAUUUUUUAGAUUUAUUAAGAGUAUCAUUGUUUAUUAUAUAGUUGUUUUUAAUUUUAUAUUUCUUAUCGGGUGUUGAAAAUAUUUUCACGUUUUAUUUAUAUAGCAGUUAUUUUAAAAUAACAAAAUAAAUUAUAAAUAAACUAAUACAAUGUAGAUUUUAAAAUAUUUAAAACUGAAUAUUUAUACAUAGUUUAAUUGUAAAAAAAAAGAUUCAGCCUCACUACUAAAAUAUUCAUUGAAUAGUUCCCUUGAAUCUUUUAAUAAUCUUCCAAAUCUAUUAUUUUCUCUUCCUCCAGUAAAAUUGGAUAUAAGCGUAUAUUCUUCCAAAUUAUCAACUGGAUUAUUUUGUUUAUUCUGUUUCAAUCCUAUGUUGUGCAAUACACAUACUGCCUUUAUAAUUGCAUGGCGUGCUCAACUUUUGUUUCAAUAGCCUUUUUUAAUGUCCUCCACUUAGAGGAUAAAAUUCGAAAUUAAUUUUCCACCGUAAUUCUGGUUCUCGAUAACUUGUAAUUAAAUAUUUUCGUUUUUUGGUCAUUCAAAAGUUGCUUUCCAGGAUAAGGUCGUAAUAAAUCGGUUAAUAGCAGAAACGCUGCGUCACAUAUAAAUGUAUAUGGCGCUUUUAUGUUGGUAUUGGGUAGUUCAUAUUAUCUGGAAUAUUAAGUUGAUUUUGAUGGAUUUUUUAAAAAUACUAAAUUUUGUAUAACUCCACCAUCACUUUCUCUAUCAUGUGCACCAAUAUCUACUGUUAUAAACUUAUAAUUAGUGUCAGAAAUCGCGAAUAAAUUUAUUGAAAAAAAAUGUUUAUAAUUAUAAUACAUCGAACCAGAAUAUUGAAGUUGUUUGAUUUGUAUAUAUUUACCGUCAAUACUUCUGAGGCACUUAGGAAAAUUCCAUGUAGUACAAAAAUCAUUUGCAUUUGCUUUCCAGUUAUCACUCGUUGUUUCCAUUAUAUAAACUAUAAAUAAUUUAUCCCAAAUACCCUCACAUUUAUUCACAACAAUUCUCGCGAUAUUUGCUUUAUCCAUAUGAAAAGAAAAAGCUAAACUUCUGAAACUGCACCCAGUUGAUAGAUAUCUAAAAUAACAAUAAUAACAAAAAAAACUUGUUUAAAUACUUAAUUCUAUUUAGUGAUUAGUGUUUUAAUAUAAUAAAAUAUAUUAUUUUAACAAUAAUAAUUAUAAUUUACAAUCUAUCAGAUUACUUUACCAAUUUAGUUAAUGUAUACUAUCGUUAAAUUUUAGUGGCUACCUUCAAAACCAAGUGGAAAAACAUUAGAGACUACUAUCGAGCUGAAUUUAAAAAAGUAUCAUCAAGACGUUCAGAAGCUGGUACUGACGAUGUGGCUACUUCCUCAUGGCCAUUAUUUCCAUGUUGACGAUGAAGAUUUAAUGUUCUUAAUAAGACUAUUGCUUGAUUUGAAGUCUUUAGCUAGACGACAAAAAAUGAGAGCAAAGAUCUAA